UUCAGCUCUUACUUGCUGAAAAUUAAGUUGUUCUUUUUAUUUCUUCUAAUAAAAGCUGUAAUUAAUGAGAAAAAUCUUUUUGUCUGACACUGAAUGUUCUCGUUAAUAUAUCUGAAAUCAAUUUUACAAAGUUUAAAAUAAUUAAAAAUUAUUACAAAGAGCAAAUAACCCAAAUUAAAGUUUAAAUAAGAAAAAAUAAAACAACAAAGAAAAAAUUAAAAAAGAAAAAAAUAAUAUUUUUCUUAAAUUAUUGAAGUUACGUUUAUUUUUUUAAGAAAAGUGCUUUGUUAGUGAUUAAAGUUUGGUUUGAGAUCGACACAUUCAAGAGUUAAAUAGCUCUUAUAAUAUUUAAGAGUAGAGUUCCAUAUGAAAUUUUGAAUCUUUAAGUUUUCUCUUGUGGUGAAUCACUCGUGAAAAAAAAUAUAAGAAAACAAAAUGCAGAAACCAACAGUAGAUAACAAUGACAAAAUGUUGAAAGCUUUACGCGAAUUAGUAGCAUCUGGAAGUAAUCGUCAAUGCUUUGACUGUGGACAAAAAGGUGUUACAUAUGUUAAUAUGACAUGUGGAUCAUUUUCAUGCACAUCAUGUUCAGGAAUACUCCGCGGUUUAACUCCUCCACAUCGAGUCAAAUCAAUUUCGAUGGCAAAAUUUACAACCGAAGAACUUGAAUUUCUGCAAAAACAUGGAAAUGAUGAAUGUUCAAAAACAUGGCUUGGUCUAUGGGACUCAAAGAGAGUAAUUAAGCAAGAUCAACGUGACUUUAUAAUUGAUAAAUAUGAAAAGAAAAGAUAUUAUCUUGAGUCUGCAAGUCCUUUAAAAUCGAUAAGCACAGCAAUCCAACAACAACAAAAUUCUUUUUCUAAUGAAAUCUCAAAAACGAACAACAACAAUGGUUUAAAUGAUAAACAACAAAAAUCUAUUCAGAUAAAGCCAACAGCAAUUUACAGUCGUCAUCGCACUCAAAAUGGGCUCAACAAUGGAUCUGAUUGCAAUAAUAAUUUCUUUAGUCAGCAAAAUGUUAUCAACGGAAAGUCUCUUGAACUCAAUUCGUCUCCAAACGAAAGCAUCAAGAGUAGUCAAAGCAACGAUUUUAUGGCUGACUUUAGCAAAGCAAACAUUUAUAAUUCUAAUAACAGCCUUAAUAGCACUGGAAGUGGUGGACAGAUGAAAGAGAAAAUGUCAAAUGGAUUUGCAACCAACAAUAUGUCGGAGAACUUUGCUGAUUUUGAGAACAACACAAUUUAUAAUGCCGGAGGUUUCCAUAAAAUGUCAAUUGGAGGAAACGCCAAAAAUUUUCUCAAAUCAAAUAACAAAGCUUUCAAUUCUAACAUGACAACGACGUCAACACCAACAGAAGAUCGCUAUGCUGCUUUAAAAGAUUUGGAUGAACAACUGAGAGAAGCUAAAUCUGUUACUAAUGAAAUUGAAACGAAAAAUUUGGCAAAUCCAUUUAAGAAGAAUCCAUUCCAAACAGUGACUCAAGAUCAUGAGCAGUUCAGAACUCAACAACCAUUUCAUAAUUGGACGAAUAAGAAACCCAUUCAAAUGAAUGGAAUUGAACCAUCGUUUAACUCUAACGAUUUUAUUAAUGGCUUUUAUUAUAAUCAUAACAUGGUCAAUGGCUUCAACUCUCAACAUUCAUCAUCAGACGACAAAAAUGGUUUUGGAAAUCCUUUUAUGACAAGUGGACCUGUCAACACAAAUAAUCCAUUCUUAUGAAAAGAAGAAGGAAAAUGAUACCAAGGAAACAAAUGUGACGCAAUUUCAUCCUGAUUAGAAAUUAAAUUAAAUUAUCUAAUAAAUAAUGACGACAGAAGAAGGAUGCAAUAAGUAAACUCUAAAAAAAUCCAAUCUAUUAACUAGUUUUAUGAUGAAUCUCUCACGAAAUAUUCUCGAAAGUUGUAACGUAACAAUGUUUAUUCUUAAAACAUGACUCGUGACACUAUUUUUUUUUUAAUAAUUUAAUUUAAGCAAAGUUAUUAAUAUUAUUAUUAUUUUUUCAUUUAUACAGGCUUUAGGAAGUCUUUUUUCCAUACAUUAUAUAUUUUUUUAUCCAAACAUUGUCGGCAUAAAUAUAUUUAUUUUAAUUAUGUUAUACUCUUCUUUUGGUGUUCUAAUAAAUUUUAUGGAAAACUUUCAAAGUUUUUGUUUAUGGAGAAAGCCUUGGAAAAGUAAGAAAGUGUGCUCUAAUGAUUAGAUUAGAUAAUAUGUAAUGAUGAGCUUGAAAUUUCAUAAAAACAGCAACGGAAUUCUUAAAAUUAGUGAUAAUAUUUCUCUAAAAAUUUAAAAUCUUGUACACAUAACUAGCUGUGCACAGCUUGUAUUUAUUUACAAAAUAUCUCAACUUGUGAAGUGUGAAAAAAAAUCACAAUAAAUGUUUAUGUUUGAUUCACAUACUGUCGAUGUCCUUCUAAAUAUUUUUAUUUCCAAUUUGCGUGUACCAAUGAAACUGUUAAAGUCUUCAAAAAAUAAAUUUUUAAAAUGCAUGCAGAACUAAUUUGUUUGCUGUUCCUCUCCAGUUCAUGAAUAUGAAGCUUAUCGCAUUCAUUACCAACACUUGUAACAAAUAUAUGAUUGAUAUGGAGAAAUAUUCUUCAUAAUGUUUUAUCAACUAAAACACUCUCUCUUUGCUCAAUAUUUAUUUGAAUUUAUGAAUGACUUUAGUUUUUAUGUGAGCUCCUGUAAAAUUGCUUCAAUUGUUAAAGAAAAUUUAAUAAAAAAUAUUUUGUUUAGUUUUACAUGAAA